AUGGCCGCCGACAAGCCGACGGGCGAGUACCGCCAGUACCUGCCAGACCUGAACAUCCCGCGCUUCCAGGCGAUGUGCCAGCAGGAUGCGCACGAGUACGCGCACGAAUUUAAGACGAAGCAUAAUCCGCCGUGGCUGCAUGCGCUGUACAUGCACUGGCUGGAUCUGUAUCAGGAGCCGUUUAAGGGCGUUACUACCGAUGGCCAUGUCCGCCCCGGGCUCUUCACAUUACAAGACGAAGGCGUACCCAUCCAAGAGAUCGUGACUGCCACAGAAGCCGCCAUCGCACUCCUAGACGACAAGCAGAAAGAAGUCCUGAGCUACCACAUCGACUCGCCGCAGUGGCGAACAUGGUCAAACCCCGAGUUCCUUCUGAGCCACAAGGGCAUCCGGCUAGACGAAGUGGAUGCCACCACGCGGGAUUCCAUCAUGAACAUUCUAAAAACUACUCUCUCCCCAGAAGGUUACGGCAAAGCCGUUGCGGCGAUGCGCAUCAACCACUUCCUGGGCGAAAUGGUCAAGUCCCCAGAGGUGAUGAACGAGUUUUCGUACAACUUCGUGCUGUUCGGGAAACCGUCCACCACGCGGCCGUGGGGGUGGUCGUUCUAUGGCCACCAUCUGUGCCUGAAUAUCUUCCUGUACAAGGGCCAGAUAGUUGCGUCGCCGUGGUUCACGGGCGCGGAACCAAAUGAGAUCGACUCGGGCCCGCACGCCGGCACGCAGAUUAUGCAGACGGAAGAGAAACUCGGUCUGCAGCUAAUGCAGUCACUGUCGAGCGAGCUGCAGUCCAAAGCCCGUAUCUACGCGCAAAUGAACGACCCAGCUAUGCCGCCUGGCCGCUGGAACCGUGAUGACCAGCGCCACCUGUGCGGCGCAUACCGGGACAACCGCGAGGUGCCAUACGAGGGAAUCACAGUGUCGACUUUCAGCGCCGCACAGAAGGAGUUGUUGUAUGGAAUCCUCGAGGAGUACCUGCUCUACCUGCCAGCGAAGGCGCGCGCGAUCCGUCUGGAGCAGGUGCGCGAGCACGAGGGCGAGACGCACUUCUGCUGGAUUGGUGGGAAUGGCGACGAGGAUCCGUUCUACUAUCGCAUCCAGAGCCCUGUUGUACUCGUCGAAUUUGAUCACCACUCCGGCGUCUUUUUGACGAAUGAGGAGCCGAAGAAAUUCCAUAUUCACACGCUUCUGCGCACGCCCAAUGGUGGGGACUAUGGGUAUGCUCUGCGCCCGCAGGUCCCGGCAGUGGAAGGGUUGAAUGGGAAGCAUAUCACUUGGUAA